AUGAUGCACGACUUUUGCGCGAGCGUCGCCGCGUGGCACGACGAGCACCCCGACAACGUCGCCGUGGUCCACUGCAAGGCUGGCAAGGGGCGGACCGGCACCAUGAUCUCCGCGGCGCUUUCGCUCGACGCGCUCGCCUUCUACGGCUUCGCGAGGACAAACAACUGCGAGGGCGUCACCAUCGCGUCGCAGCGGCUGUACGUGCACUACUACGCGCGCCUCUGCCGCGAGCCCGCCGCGUGCGAGCGGCUCCUGGACCGGCAGGCCGCCUGCCGGCUGGUGCGGCUGAUUGGCACGCGGCCCGACGUCCCGGUGGUCGACGUCAACACAAAGUCGUGCCCGCUGCUGCUGUCUUCCGACGUGCGGGUGGAGGUGUCCCACCGCGUGAGCGGCCAGAUGCACGACGACAAGCUCUUCUCCUUCUGGUUCAACGCCGCCAUGCUGAGCAAGCAACUCCUCUCGCACCUCCCUCUGGCGGCGUGCGCUCGCCGCGCCACGUCCGCGACGCGUCCCGUGUCGCCCUUUCUCGACUUUGCGCGCUUGCUGGAUCGGGAUGUUGCGAUGUUCGCGCAACCAACGUGA